AUGGAUUGUAGAACUGCUAUUUCUACUUUUUCCCAAAGUACAGGUGAAAGUUUGCGUGAAGCUUGGGAAAGAUACAAAUCCAUGCUGAGAAGGUGCCCGAAUCAUGACUUUGAUGCCAAGAUGCAAAUCCAUCUUUUCAGAAAAGGUCUUCAACAACAGAGCAGGAUAAUGGUGGAUGCAACUUCAGGAGGUUCUUUGAUGACAAAGUCUCCAACUGAGGCCAUUCAGAUCAUUGAGGCUAUGGCUCUAAAUGACCACCAAGAUCAACAUAUUAGAGGACCACCAAGGAGAGGAGGCGUUCUGGAAUUGGGAUCAAGUGAUGUUAUCUUGGCCCAAAACAAGCAACUGCAGCAACAACUGGAUGAAGUGAAAAAGACUCUGAGUGAUCUUCCCAAACAACUUCGGGAGAUGCAAGAUUCUUCUUCCAGGAAGCAGGUGAACAGGUGUGAUGUGUGUACUAAGGAUCAUCCAACAGAAUACUGUCAAUUACAGGAAGAGGAGGUUCACUACCUAGGAAACCAGCAGAGGCAAGGGUACAAGAACAACUAUCCCAGGGGAGGUAAUCAACAAUACAACCAACCUUGGAGGCAAGACACAGGACCAUCUUCCAGCAGGGUACCACCAACACCGUACCAAAAUCAACAAUACCAGCAUAAUCAACCAUUUCAACAACCAUCACAAGAUAGGACUCCCAAACUGGAGGAUACACUAACUCAAUUUAUGCAGGUUUCGAUUUCCAACCAGAAAAAUACGGAUGCAUCCAUUAAAAACUUGGAAGUACAGGUUGGACAGAUGGCUAAACAAUUGAGUCAGCUGACUACUGAGCAGAAAGGGAAGUUCCAUGCCAAUACAGAAGACAAUCCCAGGGAGCAUUGCAAUGCAAUAUUCACAAGAAGUGGGAGAGUAGUUGGUGGAGAGAUUGAUGUGGAUGAAGAGAAAAAUGAGAGCCAUGAUCCAAAAGAGAGUGAAAAUGAGGAAGGGGUUGAAAAAGAAGAAGAAAAGAAUAAAAGAGAGGUUGUAGAUAGAGAGGAAAAGAAAAAGAGUGAAAACCAUGAGAAAAAGAAAGAGAGUGAGGAAGUCAGGUGGAGUCCGCCUAUCCAACGCUUGCCAUAUCCUCCGAAUUCUAAAAAGAUUGAUCAUGAGAGGCAAAAGAGGAGAUUUCUAGAUAUUUUCAGGCAUUUGAACAUCACAAUGCCAUUUUCUGAGGCAUUGGAGCAAAUUCCCUCCUAUGGCAAGUACAUGAAAGAGCUUUUGAACAAAAAGGACAAGUUGAAAGCACUGCAUGAAGAUGAGGUGAUCCAACUCAAUGGACGUUGUAGUGCAAUUCUGCAACGCUUACCACCUCCAAAGCAUAGAAGUUCCAAGAGUCUUGUCUUGCCGGUUAAACUUGACAACAAUCAAUCAUGUAAUGCACUGAUAGACUCUGGGGCUACUAUCAAUUUAAUGCCUCUUUCCUUGUUGAAAAGAUUGGGAGAUGUGGAAGUAGAGCCUACAGGGAUGACGCUGCAACUAGCUGAUAAAUCAGUCAAAUUACCUCAAGGAAUUGCAGAGAAUGUGACUGUGAUGGUGGAGCAGCUGAAUUUCCCAAUAGACUUUGUGGUUGUAGAUGUUCCUGAAGACAAAGAGAUCCCAAUCAUUUUAGGGAUGCCAUUCAUUAUCACAGCCAGGAUAGCAUUUGAUGUAGAUAUUGGGAUCCUGAAGGUGAGACAAGGUGAAGAUGAGGUACAUUUUACAGUUUUUAGUGAUAAUCAUCACCGACAAAGCAAAGGUAUGGUUUCUUUAAUUAAACAUGUUGGUUUUGAUUUGGAAAAAUUAUUUGAUGAGCAUGAUCCAUCAUCAUCUUCAAUUGAUGCAUCAAAUCACUUGUCUGAGCUUGAAAAUGCAAAAACUAAACAUUCUGGAAAUAAAAACUGUGAUUUUGAUGCUAAAGAGGAUGUAAAGAAUGGAUUAGGGAAGAAAGGAAGGAUAAGAAAGAAGAAAAAGUUUUCUAGGAUGUGGAAGGUUGUAACUACGUGUCAAAAGUGCUUCAAAGAACUUCUGAAAAAGGAGAAGGAACCAAAGAGGAAGAAGGGAACCAUUCCCUCCUCUUGUCUUUGGUCUCCUUGA